GGCAGAGAUAACAGAAUGCCUAUAUAAAUAGAAGCAGAAACUUGUAGUCAACACAAAAUGAAGUUCGCGUUUGGAGUUCUGUUUCUCGGAGUGGCCUUUGCAGCCACCACACCUGGAGCACCUUCUGAGGACUUCAUACCCGACAACAUCAUCACCAAUGGCUACACGGCACCCGAGGGUAAAGCUCCCUACAUUGUCUUUCUCACAUUUCGCAGUGGUGACUGGAACGCUUGGUGUGGUGGCUCAAUCAUUGGCAACAACUGGGUGAUCACUGCAUCCCACUGCACCAAGCCCUACAACUCGGUGACCAUCUACUACGGUUCACUGCAGCGUAACCAGGGUCAAGUGGUGCUCACAGUGUCUGGCAACAACAACAUCAUCAAUCAUUCUAGCGAUGAUAUUGCUCUGAUACGCACUCCCCACGUCAACUUCAACAAUGCGAUCAACCGAGUCCGGCUGCCCAGUUUCAGUGAUCGGAAUAAUCGUUAUGUCAACCGAUGGACUACAGCUUGUGGCUGGGGUCGCACCACCAUAACUAACACCCCUGAUAGGCUGAUGUGCGUUGACUCUCAGGUGAUUUCCAAUGCCCAAUGCCGACGCACAUAUAAUUCCAACUGGGUGAAGGAUCAAAUAUUGUGUGUGAGCACGACUGGCGGUCGAUCCAUUUGUGCCGGAGAUUCGGGUGGACCUCUAGUCACCAGAGGCGAUAAGAUUUUAAUAGGCGUCACCAACUUUUACAAUGAAGGCGGUUGCACCACGGGAAAACCUUCGGGAUUUGCUCGUGUCACGAGCCAUUUGGACUGGAUUCGACAACACACGGGCAUUUCAUAUUAAAGAGACUUUGCUGCUUUCAAUAAAUAUAUCUCAAAAAGAAGCAACUAAGAAUUUAAACAAUUUCAUCAACCGUAGCUUAGAAUUCACACUUGCUUUUUAAUAAAGAACACCUC